AUGUUGGCGCGGCCCUCAAGGUCUGGCAACGAAAAUUCUACCUUUCUAUCGAUUCUUCCAGGACGCAACAACGCCGGGUCAAGAGUGUUGGGUCUAUUGGUUGCAAACAUCACCUUGAUGUUACCACGGGGGUCGAAUCCGUCUAAUUGUGUGAUCAACUCCAACAUGGUUCUUUGCACCUCGUUGUCACCACCAGCGCCGUCGUCGAAACGAGCGCCUCCAAUGGCAUCGACCUCGUCAAAGAAAAUAAUGCAUGCUUUUUUCGUCCUGGCCAUUUCGAAGAGUUCGCGCACCAUUCUGGCACCCUCACCAACGUACUUUUGCACCAAUUCGGAGCCAAUGACACGAAUGAACGUGGCGUCGGUUCUGUUGGCUACCGCACGCGCACAGAGCGUUUUCCCGGUGCCCGGAGGACCAUAG